GCGUGCAAGGACGUUGGCAAAUCCAAAUAUGAAGCCUCGAUGGACCUGCGUGCAGCUGCUCAUGCUCUUUCUUCUCGGGCUCUUGGUCGUGAGCCUCGCGUUUGUGGGGCGGCUCGCUGGAAGCCUCGCGCGGCCGCCGCGCGUUGCCCACGCCGUCUUUGUCAAGCGCGUGCGCAGUGGCGAUGCUUCACACAACAUCAUUCGCGUCGAAGGCCUCAACGCGGCCGAAGCCUACUUGAACACAGUUCGACUCAACGACGGUCCGCUCUACGUCCUCGUCACGAGCCUCCGGAACGGCACCGCGCCAGAUUGGUGUGAGCUCUGCGACGCCGCGCGUCAGCCUGUUGCCACCGCCUUUGCCAACGCGCCACCGUCCGCACGCCUCCUCUUGGUGCAAGUGACGGAAGAAGGGUGGGAGACAAGCAAGUUUACUUUGCGGCCCGACACGCAGCUUGAGAUCCGCGAACUCCCGACGUUGCUCCAGUACAAUGCCCGCAUGGUCACGACACUGCUGCUGGCCGAAGCGUUUGUUUCGGACCCGCUGCUCCUCGCAAGCGUCUUUGCGACGCCGCAUACGGCUGCCACAUCGCCCCGCGUCGUCGAUGUGACGACGGUCGACGAGAUGAAGGCCGCCCUCAAUGCGUUCGACGGCGCGCCGAUCUUUCUCUACUAUGUGUCGGGACGGUACGUAAGCACCGGGCGGCUCUGGUGUCCGCAUUGCGACCGCGCCGACGUCCCGAUCUUGAGUUACUUCCGAGCGUACGCGGCGCCGAACGCGACGCUUUUGCGCAUUGUUGUCGCCAAGACGGUCGACAAGUGGCACGACUUGGCCAACCCGUUCCGGACGCAGGCGGCAGUGAAGCUCACGGGCCUCCCGAUGCUCACGCGUCUCUCGUUGAGUGGUGCGGGCCUGCCGGAGCUCAUCGAAUACGUCGAGUACUUCGAAGAUCGGGACCAGCUCCGCGCGUACUUUCAGCAGAACCCGGCACCAACCGGUUAAUACGGCUGACUUUGGAGGGCUAACGUUGAUUCCUGAUGCCAAAUGUGACGCCAUCAUCAGGACAGCUGUGACUUGGACUCGAGUACAUCAAGCAUGGUUAUCAAUUGAGAGUAGAUCACUAUCGAGCGCA